AUGAGCAACAAGGCGAUAUCCAAAUUAGCCGCUGACGCUCAGAUUGAGCACGUCCGGAGACAGUACGGUGCCGGACGACGGCGGGAUGCACAGCCAAGCCGGAUAGAAUUAAGCCUCAUUGCGGCUCUUGACGUUGUCUCGGAUCAGCUCUACCAGAACCCUUCACACUUCCUUCUCGAACUCAUUCAAAAUGCCGACGAUACUACUUUUUCGCCCGGGGUGACACCAAGCCUCAGUCUGACGUUGUUCUCGGAAUCUGAUAUCGGAUAUCUGCGAACGGAUUGCAACGAAGCUGGCUUCACAUUUGCAGACAUCGACGCUAUAACCCAAGUUGGGCAGAGCACCAAGAAGGGCGCAACGAACGGACAGAGGGGAUACAUAGGUGAGAAGGGAAUCGGCUUCAAGUCGGUCUUCAAGGCCGCCGACAUUGUCCAUGUUGCUAGCGGUCACUACGAGUUCAAGUUCGACCGGAAUGAACAUCUCGGUAUGAUUCUCCCCAUUCGCUCUGCCUUUCCGAGCACACAGCGACUUGUGGAUCAUACCCAGUUCCUUCUCCAGCUGAGAGAUAAGGAAGACUGCGCCAAGAUCGAGGCUGACCUGCACAAUAUUGAGCCUCAGCUUCUCAUUUUUCUCAAAAACCUCCGUGGGUUAAAUAUUCAGAUUGGCGACACCAGAAACUCCUAUCACCUUGAAGGUGAUACUUCUGCCGCGCUGGGAGAGAUUGUUACUAUUCAUUCCAACCAGGAAGGUGAAGUCACACCUGGCAAGAUGGAGUAUUCCAUCGCACGAUACAGGACCAGCGAAAUACCUAAGGAUGUCCGGAGAGAGGGAAUCACGACGUCCGAGGUUGUUCUGGCCUUUCCUAUUGAACACUCAAAGCCCAAGAUCAGCCCGCAAAAAGCAUUUGCUUUUCUCCCGAUCGAUGACUUUGGCUUCAAGUUCCUUAUCCAUGCCGAUUUUCUCCUUGUCGCAAGUCGGGAAGGCCUCGAUUAUGGUCGCAAGUGGAACACAGCUCUGUGGGAUGCCGUUCGAAAAGCCUUCUUGAAGGCUGUGAAACGGUUUGCCGCCGUUCCAGCGAGCUACUCAGAAGGGGGACUGCGAUAUUCGUGGCCCAAGUAUAUCAAACAUCAUCGACACGCGCAUCCCUUCUGGAACGAGCUACACGAAGCUAUUCUGCGCGACCUUAAAGGGGAGAAAAUUCUCGAAUCACGAGACCCUGUCGCUGGUCCCUACAACCCCCCAGAGCUCAAGUUCAUGCCCCGCAAGUUCAGGUUUGAAGGGGAGGCCCUCUUUGACUCCCCUUCUCUAGGCAAGAAGCAUCUAUCAUUCAACUACGAUGGUGUUUUUGAGGAGCUUGGCCUUCUUGGGGUCCAAAGAAUUGGUACAUUCGAGUUGUGCGAAGAGUUCUCAACGUGGGUUGCAGAGGUCGGCUCUGCCGGACUUGACGCCAAACCUGCAGGGUGGCAUCAGCACGUUGCCCGUCUCUUCUGUGACAAGACAGAGCUGAGAGACCAUCUGAUGAGCCUUCCAAUUAUCCCUCUUCGAGAUGGUUCAUGGGUCAGCGCCAAGACUGAACACCUGUACGUGGCCUCCGAGACUGAGGACGAAUAUGUUCCUAGUGGUAUCAGCAUAUCGAUCAUCGACCAGACCGCGUGUCAGGACUCGGUGAGAAGAAGCUUCUUCCAGUUCUUGGGCAUCCUAGCCUACACUCCGUCGCAGGUCUAUAAUCUCAUCAUGGAACUCCAUGCCGGCAAUGGUUCCGACCUGUCAGAUCGCCAACCGGAGGACCUGGGUGCUCCCGAGAUAUUCUUCUACGCCCGUAACUAUGAGGCUUCCACCCGUCGCAAGCAUCAGCUCUACAUUGACGACCGCGCGGCUAAGCCCCGUCUCGUCAACAAGUACAAACACACGCCAAGGCAUCCAUUUUACAUCCUGGAUGAACGAUACGUGAGCACAAUCUGCGGUGAGAAUAGUGCCGUCAAGGAGGAGUUCAAGAGCUGGCUCUUGAGAUCUGAAAACAUCUCGGCAAUCCCAGUCCUCAUCAGCAACAACUAUCCGAGCCCUGAAUGGGUGUUUCUCAGAGAUACGAAUGUGACAGAUCUGCUGCUAGUCAUUGAACAACUCUGGAAAAGCAAUUCCAUCAAUACUCGACUAUUCCCAGUCGUCCCAGAACUCCAGGUAGACUGUCGUGAUGGUACUCGUCGACGACUUGGCGAGUUAGCCAUACCGACUCCAGAUCUUCUACGGGCGUGUCCACAUCUUCCCUUCGCUGCCCUACCGACCCCCGAGCGGUGGGCAUUUCUCGAUCAGUUUGGGAUCCUCACGGCACCCAACACCACUGCCAGGUUAAAGGAGCUUCAGGCACUCGCCCGUCUCCCUAUCGAAUCGGUUGACAGGGACCUCGUCCAUGAAACCUACCACGGGCUCUCUUUAAGCAUAGAUGGAGAAGCUGCAGAGAUUUUAGAAGUAUUCAACUCGAAACCUCUAGUGUUUGUGGCCAGACCUCAUCCAGAAUGGGUCACACACGCUUCUUGUGUGUGGAGUGCACCUUCAUCCCUCAAACAGGUAACCAAGCUCUCGAACCGCUACGGUGACUGUAGGAAGUUAUUCUGCAACAUCCUUGGUGUUGGACCUGCCAGCAUCGAAAAUGUGGCAGAUGAGCUCUGUCUAUUGCAGGAGGAAACCUCAGACGGCAUGGUCGAACGCUGCGAGGAACUGUUGACGAUGCUGAGCGAACGUCUGACAGCAGGAUCUGAAUUGCCAGUUACACAUUACUUGCGCAUCCUGCAUGCCAAAGUCUUUCCCGUUGUGCGAACCCAGCAUCCUGAUACAAAGUCCGAGAUGCUCCUGAGAUCCCUACACGAUGCGGAUUGGUAUAUCCCUGACAGGUUGACAUUGGAGGCAGCCUUCCGAGGCAAGAUCAACAUCCUCAACUUUCCCGUUAGAGUGGUAAACCUUCUUGACUCCUUCUUCUCAAGGAUGAACUCCCGGAACAAGUACCUUUCAUCUGCCAUCGAAGAGACCGUUGAGCCACGAGGGACGUCAAUCCACGACAUGUCAACCGAACGAGACCUCAAGAUUCGGGUGCAAUACUUUUCUCUUCUCAAUCCACCACCCGAUCCCGGUUCGAGUCAGGACACCAGGCCCCUGCGAGUAUGGUCUGUACCAUCUGUCGUCAUCACCAGAAGUCUCGGUUCCAUCACAGUCGAAGAAGACAACGAGUUCGUCACAAUUCAAGAAACGACUAAUUACACAGAAAUCUACCUUCGUGCCGUCACUCCUCCAUCCAAACAGGCUGAGGUCAACUACAAACUUGCCGAGUUCUUUUCCAAACAGCACGAUGUCAAGCCCCAAGACAUCAAUCUCUUCAACUUGUUGUUAACUGCUCCACUUGACGAGUUAAACACCAUCAUGGCUAAACACAAUCGUUAUCCGCCUGACGCGAGAAGCACCAACAGCCUGAGCCUCUCCACUGGAACAGACCCCGACAUAAUGGUUCUAGAUGAACCCAGUGGACAGUUCAUCGCCCUCGGCCAGCCGGCUCAAGUUUCUGAACAGAAUCUUUCGACCUUUUCGGAACAGAUUCAGGCCCAAUACUCCUUGCGCCAGUUGAUCCCUUCGUUCCAGUCACGGUCUCAGAGCGUCGCCAGAAGCGCAAGGAACUAUCGGAUAUCGAAACGUCCCAUAACACGAGGCUUUAUUGAAGCGCGGAGCAGAAACGAAAGGCCUGAACAAUCCUCACGAGGCUUUCAGGCUCAGGGAAGCAUCCCUACAACGGAAGGCUUACCAGGCUCCUCGCGGGAGGCUGGUGAAAAUCAUGAUUCUGUUCCUGAAUUGACCUCCACGUCGUCUGCCUAUCAAGUCAGAACGAGGGAGGUCGGUUUUCUCGGGGAGGCCUUCAUUUAUGCGCUAUUUGAACGCAAUGUCAGUGAUUGGUCCUUUGAAAACUGGACCAGCAGACUACGAGUCGAGAAUGGACAUCCGCCUUUCACAGAACGCGAGAGAGAUUUUACUGACUUUACGUACCUCGAUACCCACGGCCACAUGAAAGAGUUCCUCUUACGAGCCGGCCUGGAUCUAAACCCAGCUUAUGCCAGCAACACCACGUAUCACCUGGAGGUCAAGACCACGACUGGCGGCGUUGGGGAAAUAUUCUAUGUUAGCCAGAAUCAAGUCAACAUGAUGCAGAGGUUUGACGAGGACCCCAACAACGCAUACAUUGUUUUGCGAGUGUACGACAUCGAGGGCGAGUACCCGGAUCUCAAGGCUUACCCACGUCCAUGGAGCCUUUAUCUCAAUGGCUUUCUCACGUUUACCUCCCCUCAUGGAUACCAGGUUUGCGAAGGAAGUCGAGAUUCUAGAUAA